GCCAGACAAGCAUACAAUGGGCAAACGUGACCAGAAACGUAUCGAGCACGAGCUCUUGGACUUGUUGAACGACAGAUCUAACCGGAACAAGUGUGGUGAAUGUGGUGCGACGUAUCCCACCUGGGCGUCGGUGAACCUCGGAGUGUUCCUCUGUGGCCGUUGUGCUUCCGUACACAGAAAGCUGGGAGACGAUGUGUCUGUUGUGAAGAGCCUUACGCUGGACAGAUGGACAGACGAUGACAUCGACAGCCUAGCGUCGAUGGGCAACAAGAAGGCCAAGCAGCUGUGGAACCCGAAGGAUGUUCCCUUCCCUUACGACGACGAUGACAAGGAUGAGAUAUUCAUGUACGUGAGAAACAAGUACGUUCUUGGUAAGUUCCGGUAUAGUGAGCCCACCAGUGAAGAUUACAACCUGGGGAGACGUGGUGACAGCGGCAGCAGAGCGAGAAGCAGAUCUCGCGGCCAGUCUCUAAGCAGUGGUUCUCGUGACGUUCCGUCGUUGACACAUCGGGACAUCCCUGAGCUGAAGCGCAUCAAGUAUCAGAAGUUGGAGCCGAAGCUGAAGAACAUGGGGUAUCGUAACACUGAUGAUAACUACGAGGCGCUUGUGUUAGCCAAGGGAGACUUGAACUUGGCGUCGAAGAUACUGGAUAGUUCGGACCAGUCGAAGCCUGCGCUGCCUAGAAGACCGGGCACAAGCCAGGGAAACCCAUCAACAUCAGCAGGUGCUCAACAGGCCUCAGUGCAGGCGCCAACGUCCUCAUCGAGUUGGCUAACUGGAAGUGCGACAGGCGUAAGCACACCUGGAUCUCUCAGCGUUACUGGAACAGGGUUAAUGACAGAGCCGCCACAGCAGUACCUGGACCCUGCUACUGGUGUUAUCUAUGUGGACCCAGUUCAGCAGCAACAAUGGGAGCUACAACAGCAACAGCAGCUACAACAGCAACAGCAGCUACAACAGCAACAGCAGCUACAACAGCAACAGCAGCUACAACAGCAACAGCAACAGACAGGAUACGCACAGCCUCAGGCAACUGGCAUCAACAAAGCUCAGUUGAUGGGUCUCUAUAGUCAGCCAACGAACGUUCAGCAGUCAAACGGGUUCUUGCAACAGGUACAACAACCCCAGUUACAGAGCCAGCCAUCGGCGAUGAGCAUUCAACAAACCGGCCUGUCAUACCAGCAACCGCAACAGCAGCAAACUGGGAUGACAUUCCAGCAAACUGGGGCGUUUCAACAACCUCAAUUACAGCAACAGCACUUUUACCAACAGGGAUAUCAAGGCUAUGGAUACCAAUGAAGUUCCUAUUCGAGCCCAAAAUCACCAUGUGUGAAUCCUUGUAUCUUAUAUAACGUCUUUUCUGUUUUCAAACUUCUAAUACCUACAAUGUCGAAGUAUAAUACCAAUAAUUCCAUC